UUCUGGCGUGGAGUGAAAGAGAGGCACUUCUCUGAAUUCGCUUACAGUCAUUACACAUACUUCUCGUCGUGAUUCCCUCCUUUUUUCUUCCAUCGAUAAAGAAGAGUCGAGUGAAAAAACAAGAGGAUGUACACGACUGGACUGAAUCCCUUCUACGCGUCCAAUUUCAGCCUAUGGUCUGCGUAUUGUUCGGGUGGCUUCGCCGUGGAUACGAUGAAAAAGCCGUCCUUUUGUAUCGCAGAUAUAUUGCACGUUGGAGACGCUGAAAAUAUUCCUGGCUCCUCUGCACUUAUGGCUCACAUGGGCGCACGGGCUCAGGUCCAUUCUUCUGGAUCUCCGCUCCGGCCGGCCCCGCUAGCUCCAGAGGCGGCCGUGUUCGGAGCGAGGGUGAACACAGCCCCUGCUUACCACAGGCACGGACUACACUUGACCUCUGUAGCCAGAACAGCCCUCAACUCCCAGUCAGCACCACCACCGUCCAGCAAAGAUCUCAAGUUCGGCAUCGAUCGGAUAUUAUCUACAGAAUUCGAGCCGAAAUCUAAAGAAUCGUCUUCACUAAGGGAUCUCACGUCCAUUGUUAGCUCCACACGCCAGUCAGCAGGUCAUGUCUCCGUGCAGCCGAGCCAGUACUUCGCAUCCUUAGACCCGGGGAUGAGCGAUGCCUCUUCCAUGAUGGGCUCCAUAGGCAGUGCCUCCAGGCAAUCAGGCCAGCAUCAGUACCAGGAUACUUUCCCAGGGCCCUACGCAGUUCUAACCAAAGACACGAUGCCGCAGACCUACAAGAGAAAAAGGUCCUGGUCCAGAGCUGUGUUUUCCAAUCUACAGAGAAAGGGGCUCGAAAAGCGUUUUGAGAUCCAGAAGUACGUCACGAAACCGGACCGGAAGCAGCUGGCUGCAAUGCUGGGCCUCACAGAUGCUCAGGUCAAAGUAUGGUUCCAGAACCGCCGGAUGAAAUGGAGACAUUCCAAGGAGGCCCAAGCGCAGAAGGAUAAAGAGAAGGAGCAGGCAGACAAGUCAGCCACUGAAGCCGAGCAGAAAACACACGAGGAUUCAGAGGGAGAAAGCGAGCCCAGCGAGUCUGAGCUGGAGGACGAAGCCGAGGACAAACGAGACGGAGCAGAUUCUGAACUAAGCAAAGCCAGCGUCAUCAUGGCCGGACCACUUCCCGUAAAUACGGACGAAACCGCGGCAACAAACAGCGCAGCUACAGACUCACCUGCACCAUCACAAAUGCUCUUAUGAACCCCACCUCAAUCAAAUCCGACCAGUAUUGAACUCUUAUGACCACUAAGAUCCGAAAACGGUUAAUAAGCGUCUUAAAGGAGGGAAAGAGAGAGAGAAGUCCGUUUAGCCCAUCCUGUGAAGUCCACUUCCACCUGGCCUCUGAUGCCACUAACAAGCUAAUUUUUGCGAGGGAAAAAAUCCGCUCUUUCUUGUGAAUAUUCGCCUGAACCACUUUUGUUGUUCACCUCUUGAGCGUCUGGGAAUGUUAAAUGUUAUCUUGAAGUUGAGGAAC